AUGAAUACCCACGAUGUUCGCAUGCAAGGUGCCCCUACGCUCUUACACGGAGGAGCGAAACAGCCGUCGGUCCCCUUGCGCAAUCCUUUGCAUCCUUCGGUCGUCGACAAGCUCGACCCCGCGUUUGUGAAGUUAUACAAUGACUACAUUGCCAACGGGCCUCCGUGGCCGACAGACAUAAACCUGGUCCGCCAGAAUUAUUCGGCCUUAUAUUCAUAUGCUACUGCCCCGCCGUCUGGCGUGGGAGGAAUCGGCGAGACAUCAGUGCCUGGUUGGGAGAAGUAUCCAGGGGAGGUCAAUGUGCGGGUCUAUGUACCCCCGGGUGAAGAGCCUGGACUGCGCAAAGUUUGGCCAGCACACUUCAAUUUCCAUGGUGGAGGCUGGGCUGUUGGCGACCUCGAGACCGACGCUCACAUCUGCCAUCACAUCUGCGCCUCCGUACCAUGCUGUGUGAUCGACAUCGAGUACCGACACAUCCCCGAGUAUCCUUUUCCGGUCGGGAUCAUGGACAGCCUCACAGCAGUGGCACAUAUACUAGCCAACCACAAGACAUUCUCUAUCGACUCGACCAACAUCACCUUCGGUGGCGAAUCCUCCGGCGGCACUAUUGCCCUCAUCCUGAACCACCUUUUCCGCGACGGGGGCUUCACGGACAAGCUGAAGGGUGUCAUCGUUGCGACACCUACCAUCAGCGAUGUGAGGAAGUAUGCGACGCCGGACAUGAGCCCUUGGCCCAGUAUGAAAGAGUUCGAAUUUGCCCCGCUGCUCAAUUGGGACAAGUUGAAGUGGUUCGACACGUUCAAAUGGAUGUCCUUGGCUAGCCAGAACCCAGGCAUUAAGCCGAAGGAACAAAGAAGAGACAUGUCCUGGUUCGCGGAUGCCAUGAAUGCACCGGACUUCAAGAACCUGGCGCCCGUGACGUAUAUUGCUACCGCGGAGGUUGAUCCUUUGAGAGAUGAAGCCGAAGGAUACGCGAAGAAGGUCGAGGAAGCCGGCAACAAAAUCAUCAUGAAGCGAUUCAGGGGCAUGCCCCAUCACUUCAUGCAUAUGGAUCGCGUUCUUCCACAGGCGCGGGAAUACGUCCAGGACGUUAUUUUCCAUGUCCGUCAAUGCCUCUAUCCUCCUCAAGAACCAGCUACUGCCACCACGCCACCAGACACAUGA